AUGACCAUCUCUCUUCAGCUUUUCUGGAAUGAAACAUCAUCCCCGUAUGCGCCGUUACGACGAAAAGACGAGCGCCGAUGCAGUGAGAAGCUGAUUAAUGCCUUCUUUCCCCCGCAAUGGAGGACGGUCAACCCCGCUUCGUGGUCACCGAUGGAUUUCUACAAUGCGGCACAUGUACCACCAAAAGAUGAUACCAGCUCCCUUUCCAUUCAUGUUCCUGGUCUAAACGCUACCCUUUUUCCCUACCAAAAGCGAACAUUGCAAUGGCUAUUGCGUCGAGAAGGAGUAAAGUGGACCACGCAAGACACGGCUAUCCAUCCAUUAUUGGAGGAGGAGCAGAAGCUGGACCUAGAUUUUUUCCGUGCCGUAAAUGAUGCCAACGACCGCAAGAUAUAUCUCAGUGAUGUAUUCCAAACCGUUACUCGAGACCCUACCCCCUACUACCAGGCCAGCCGACUUGUCAAAGGUGGUAUUCUGGCGGAAGAAAUGGGACUGGGAAAGACUCUGGAAAUGAUUAGUCUCAUCCUUUUGCAUAGGCGGCAACCAGAACAUCCUCCGGAUUUCCUACCAGGCCAGGAGAACCUUGUUCUUAGCGGCGCAACCUUUAUCGUGACUCCGAAACCCUUGCAGCCGCAGUGGAUAUCUGAAUUAUCUCGUCAUGCUCCAGGAUUACGUGUAAAACAUUAUACUGGAUGUCGAGGAGUUGAUAAAGAGGACGAAGCUCGACUUGUAGUUGAGCUAGCCGGGUAUGAUGUGGUGGUGACGACUUACAGUGUGUUGUCCGCGGAGCUUCACUUUGCAAUCAAUCCUCCCGAACGAUCCAGGAGGUAUGAAAGGGCAUAUCGCCGCGUUAUUUCACCCCUCGUCCAGAUAUUGUGGUGGAGAGUCUGUCUCGACGAAGCGCAGAUGAUUGAAAGCGGUGUCAGCCAGGCGGCGGCAUUAGCGAGAGUAAUACCUCGAGUGAAUGCUUGGGGCAUCACUGGAACACCAGUCAAAGAUGAUGUAAAGGAUCUGCUUGGUUUGCUAUCUUUCCUGAGAUACGAGCCCUACUGCUCUACGCCGCAGGUCUGGCAGGCACUCACUACGCAUCAUAAGUCAUUAUUCCAGCAACUCUUCCAGUCGAUAUCUAUUCGGCAUACAAAGGCGCUGAUACGGGAUGAGAUAUCUCUGCCACCACAAAGACGGUUCGUCAUAACGAUGCCCUUUACUGCAGUAGAAGAGCAGCAUUACCAGUCAAUGUAUAAAGAAAUGGCGGAAGCGUGCAAGCUCAAUACAGAAGGUGGCCCUUUGGCAGAGGACUGGGUUCCGGAAGAAUAUGAAGACGUUAUGAGACUAUGGCUCAACCGACUAAGACAAACUGCUCUUCAUCCGGAAGUAGGUGUCUACGGACGACGAGUACUCGGGGGCAAGGAACGUCCUAUGAGAACAGUAGAAGAAGUGCUGAGUGCUAUGUUGGAGCAAGGCGAAACUGCUAUCAGGAAUGAUGAGCGAGCGUAUCUUUUGAGCAGACUGCUUCUGGGCCAAUUGUUUGAGAACAGUCCUCGGGUCAGAGAGGCCCUUGAGAUUUGGGAAGAGGUGCAAGGCGAGUCUGCCAAACUGGUAACAGAUGCCCAGGCAGCACUUCGAGAAGCACUCCGCGAGAAGAGAGGAGUCGAGGAUGUGAGCGAUGUUUCGGAGAGGGUACAGGAUGUGUCAGAUUCAGACAUUGAAUCAGAUGAAGAGGCCGAGGAAGAAGUUGGAAGUAGAGGCAAACUGGGCGAGCUGCAAAACCGGCUAAGAAACAGCCUUGAGCUGCACCACAAGGCUGUCUUCUUUUGUGCCAACGCAUACUUUCAAAUCAGGGACAACCAAGAGAUGAGACCGCCUGACUCGGAAGAAUUCCAGCGUCUCAAGAAGCUUGAGGACGACGGCUACGAGAAUGCCAAGAUGAUUCGAAGGAAGAUUCUUGGGCAGGGUCAUCGCAAAGCCAUGCGAUUCGUGAAGAAAAUCGCCCUGAAAGCCAACGAUCAGACUUUUGUUGAGAUACCAGAGCUCAUUAUGAAGAGCGAGAAGGGCAUCGAAAGCGGCAACAUUGUCGAGAGUCUCGAGACCCUCUACGAUGAGCUCAACGAGCAAGCAAAUUUGAUUGACGAAUGGAGAGAGCAAGUUGUCCAGCUCCUUUUGCGCCCACUCAUUGACGAAGAGGAGAGCACCGAGACUACCGGAGAAGAGCUCGCAGAUUCUACCAAAGUUCAAGAGGAACUGAUGGUCUAUGUUCAAGUUCUCCGGGCCAUCAUCGCGGACCGUCAAUUCGUCAUCUCGGGUCAAACGAAUGGACUGGUAAGACACGAGAUUGAGACGUCGGUCCGAAUGGCGAAAGAAGGAGAGGGACCUGCUCCUUUGAAACUGAUCGAGUUGGUCCGUAGACGCGCUGAAGUUAAACCUCGAACGGCCAAAAUGUCCAUGCGCGGCGCCAUCAGUGAGCUACGCAGCUUGGUGUCGAAACUUACCAGAGACACAAACCAGAGCCACAGAGAGCUUUUGGAGUCUACCAUUGCAUCAAAGUUGAUGAAGACAACCCAAACGCUUCUUGGAGAACAGAAUAAAGCGGCAGUGGCUUUGGAAGCAGAAGUCAAAAGCUUCGAAAGAGCUAUGAAUGCUCGGUUGGAUUACUAUCGACAGCUGCAGGCCCUCUCAGAUGAUGUGCUCCCUCUUGAAGCCCCCAAGACUGAAGAGGCUAUUGAAAAGGCGAAGAAAAACAUUGAAGAUCUUCACAAAAAGCUGCUGUCUGGCGAGGCCAAGCAUCGAUACCUGAUGAGCUUGAAGGAAACUGGAUCUAAGUCGAACGAGCCUCGGAUGUGCGUCAUUUGCCAGAUGCCGUUCAUGACGGGCGUGUUGACCGUGUGUGGCCAUCAAUUCUGCAAGGAAUGCAUCAUGAUGUGGUUCAAAGCCCACCGCAACUGUCCCGUCUGUAAGAGAGCUCUUAAGGCGGACAAUCUUCAUGACAUAGUUAUCAAGCCUCGACAGCUGCAGGUACACAACGAGGACUCGAAUCUGCAGAAAGGAGACAACCAUGACGAUAGCCCACAGGAGCGUCGGGGUUCUUCAAAGCAGGCGAUGCUCUAUUCGGAGUUUGACGCUGGACAACUCGAGCAGAUGAAGAAUAUCGAGCUGGAUGGCCCCUCGUUUACGACAAAAGUCGAUACUUUAGUUCGACAUUUGAUGUGGCUGCGCGAGUCUGAUCCCGGCGCAAAGUCCAUUGUAUUCUCACAAUACAAAGACUUUCUGAACAUCUUACGCAACGCCUUUUCCCGCUUCCGCAUUGGAUACGCUUCCAUCGACGACCCCGACGGCAUCACAAGAUUCAAGGAAGACCCCGCUGUGGAAUGCUUUCUUCUCCACGCCAGAGCUCACUCGAGCGGUCUGAAUCUCGUCAACGCCAGCCAUGUCUUCUUAUGCGAGCCCCUUCUCAAUACUGCUCUCGAGUUACAAGCCAUUGCCCGCGUUGACAGAAUUGGACAGCGCCACGAGACGACGGUGUGGCUCUACAUUGUCUCCGGGACGGUGGAGGAGUCAAUUUACAAUCUCUCAGUUCGGCGCCGCAUGGAGCACAUGGGUAGAAACCUCAAGGGGAAGUCUAAAGAGUCGACUCCGGAGCUGCUGGACGCGAAUAUUGAAGAGGCCAAUACGCUCGAGUUGGAGCAAGCUGCCUUGUCGAAGCUCAUGAGCAAGGAUCGGUCUGCGGGUGAGAUGGUGGAUCGAAGUGAUUUGUGGGAAUGUCUGUUUGGACAUGUGAAUGCGCAGCGGAGUUGA